AUGAACAGUCAAGAGAAGCAGAACCUGGGCCCCUGUUACAACUGUCAAGUCAUGGGUCAUUUCGCUGCAGAUUGCCCAGAACCCAGUCGAAAGAAGACACCCCAACGCCCCUGUUACAACUGUCAAGUCGUGGGUCAUUUCGCUGCAGAUUGCCCAGAACCUAGUCGAAAGAAAACGUUAGCAACACCGUCCACGUCGACACCCGUGGCAUCCGUGGCACCCGUGACACCCGUGACACAAGUGCUUCAUCUCAUCGAGGACAUGCAUGCCGAUGUCCUCGACCUAAAAGAAUGCCUCACACAACUCCGUGUAGGCAUCACACCUCGUCUAGAGAAAAGAAAACGGAACAGGAGCCCCUCACGAAAACACGCUUCAAAGCGCCGACGACACCUUCCGUCCGAGGAUGAGAUGGAAGUAGAGGAUGAAGAAGAGAGAUCAUCUUAA